AUGAUUAGCAUAUUGAGUGCAGUAGUAGCUCUUUUCCUUGCACAACCCGCUCAUCCAUUGGACUACUACGCUUAUGCUCAGCAGUGGCCAAACGGUGCAUGCAUGAACCCGGCUAAAAAAUGUAAUGCUCAACUUCCAACUACAUUUACGAUACACGGCUUGUGGCCUUCUAAUAUUGUCAAGCCGCAUCCUGAUAGUUGUGCUAAAUCGUUUAACAGCUCUCUAAUUAAUUCACUGGUGCCACAACUUUCAAAUGUGUGGCCUAACAUUGAGAAAGGCAACACUAAUGUGCGAUUUUGGGGUUAUGAGUGGAAUAAGCAUGGCAGCUGCUCACCAUUCUCACAAUAUAACUACUUUAACCAUGCCAUUAGCCUAUACAACCAAAACAAUCUCAUGUCUAUGCUUGCUGCUCAAAAUAUCCUACCUAAUGGGACUUCUCAUCCACCUCAAGAUUUUAUUAAUGCAAUACAAUUGGAUGUUCACGUUCAACCAUUGCUUGUAUGUGUUAAUCGAAAUUAUUUAGCUGAGAUCCAUUUAUGUUUUGAUGCCGCAGCAUCCAUUCAUAUCAAUUGUCCACGACCGUCCUCUCCAACCUGCUCAAAUUCUGUUAUAUUUUAA